UAACCAAUCGUGUGACUAGCAUGUACAGUAAUGCAAAUGACGAUGUGAUUGUCAUGUACAAUAAUAACAUUGACACUGAAAAUGUGAUUGAAAUCCACAACAGCACUGACAGUAUUAAUGUGACAACCCAGAAGCGUUGUACAUUUUUCAAGUGUAUUUUUCAGUAUUUAAAGGCCUGGAUUCUUAAUCGGACUUUUGUUCAUGAAUGUACUAUGAGCUUAACCUUGCAUCCUGUGAAUGCAUCUUUAUUUAUAAAACCUGAAAUAACCAUGCCUACCUCCCCCACCCCCCUCAUGUCCCGAGUACAGAGCUUAGAAAACAUCGUGGAUAAAUCCAGCUUGACAGAGAAAUGGGUUCGCUCUGUGCUUCCCGCUACCAGGAGAAUCAAGGAGAUCUCAAACCUUGGAACCACAUUUCCUCCUAGAGGAAUUACAACCCAGUUGACCGGGAUGCUUGGCUCCGGUAGAAUAGAGAGACAGAAUAAAUGUUAUUCUGAACCUGAUCUAACUCCAUUCUUUANGUAUUAA